AUGGUAGCUACAAGAGGAUCAGCAGGAAAACACAUAGACGUUGAGCUAAGUGAUAAUGGGAAAGAGCUACAAAAAGUGAUCCCCAUAGAAAAACAGCGACAACUCCAAAUGAAGCAACAUCAAUCGAGCCCCAAAAAAGAAACAAGAGGGAGAAAGAAAAAAGAUAGGAAUCUGGAUGAAUUGGGUACAUCUGUCAAUAGUAGUGAAUCAUCAAGUUCAUCUCCUUCAAUUAAAUCUCAUCCUCGAUCUCCCCUUACUGAUGCCGCUGCCGCUCCCACUCCUGUCAAGCGAACUGAAACCAGGGGACGGAAAAGAAAAAUUCAUGAUGCAACAGAUGCCACUCUACAGCAACAACAACAACAUCAUCAUCAUCAUCGUCAAUUUGACGAACAACAACAAAAUAGAAAGAAACCGCACAUGACAGAGAAUCUGUCUGACAAUAAUAUCUUAUCAGGGUUUCAAACAGUCGCACUGCAACAAACUCAUUCCGCAACAUCUGUUUCACCUGUUGGUUCCACCAACAAUGUGGUUGCUGACAAACACAAAAUCAACCAUCUAUUAACAAGUGAUUCACCACCUCCACCACCCGUUGCAAUCGUGGAUAAUACCUAUAGUUCGUCAUUUACGUUGCCACAAAAGUCUUUACCACCAACAAAUUUAAUAACCUUACCAGCCCCUCAAUUAUUGAACAACCCGAUCCCUUUAAGACCGGUACUUCCAACACCAAGAACUUCUUCAAUUUCAACUGCGGCAAACACCACAAAUAUGCCGCCUUUGGUUUCAACUAAUUCCGUUGCUUUAUCCGAUUCUUCUAGUACCUCACCAGCUUCAUCGGUAUCGUUUCCUAAUGCAACUGGGGUUGCUAUGAGUGUAUCUGAGGGUGAAGAAGGAAAUGACACAGUAACAUCUGGUCAAAUACAGUUGAAUACAAUUACAAAACACUCAAAUGGACGCAUACCUAUCACAUCAAUUAUUUCACAAAAAAUAGAUCUGCAAGAUAUUCCAUUAUUAUUAGAUGAUGACGGUAAUAGUUCCAAUAAUGAAAACAAAAAGACUAAAAGAAGAUAUAGAGUUGAUCGUGACAAUAUAAAGAUCAAUAAAAGGAUCAUGUCUCAGGAUACUGAGGAUGUUAUUAGAAUGUUUAAAAAAUUUGAUGAUGAAGUUUUAACCAACCCAGAAGCAAGAUCUCGAUUAUUAAACUUGGGUUUUGAAACCAGAAAAAGGUACAUUACUACAUUUAAACACUACAUUAGGUUCUGUUGCAAGAAAAAACUUGAUCAUUUUUUUGUAACUGGAGAGUUAAUGAGAGAAUUUUAUGAAGAACAAUUUGCACUUAGUAGUUCAAAUAAACCGGUUAUAAGGUUGAGAAAAAUGGAUCCAGCAUUUUCAAAAUUGCAAGAGAUUAAUUUUUUGGUGUAUCAUUUGGAAAAUAAGGAUAUUCCCAAUAGACAACUUGCUUUGGAAUAUUUGGUAUAUAAAGAAUUGGGUCAAGAACCCCCACCUUUGAAGAGGGAAAAUUAUAUUCCUAGUCCAGUAUUUCCGAAAACUGUUGCGCCGCCGCUUGCCACCGGCUCACCAACUACAAUUGCACAUAACCUGUCCAAACUAGAGGAUGAGAAACAACAGCAACAACAACAACGUGUUGAUUCACCAAUAGUUGGCUCGGAAAUCAAUACUCCUCAAAGGCCACUAACCGCAAGAGUGCCGCAGACGGCUCCUCCAAGUUUAGCAGUGCUUCAACAACCAUUUGAUCAAGGAAAAGAUGGAUUGUUAGUUAAAAUAAGAGAUAUGCAAGAUUUGCAACACGUAUCAACAUCGUCAUCGGCAAAGAUUGACGGUAUAUCUGGUAAGAAAAAGAAACACAAACACGAAUCUAAAAAACAUCAAAAGCAAAAGAGAUCAAACACUAGCAGUGAAGACACUCUGUCAUCCGACUAUAAUAAUAAUAAUAAUAACAAUAACAAGAAAAACAAGUCAAAUGAUCUUGAAAGUUCAUUCAAUAAAUUAAAGAUGGAUAUUCAAAAUACAUUGCGUCAACAUGUUUCUGCAGAUCCCGCAUUUAUUUCAAAUUUAGCAACUUGUAUUAAUCAAGCGUUGGAAGAAUUUGAACGUGCAAAUAAUUUGCAGCCAAAUUUAGAAUUGAACAAUAAUGGGAUUCCAAUAAUUGAUUUGAAUAAUAAAAUUUAUACGGUUUAUGAGAUAAUUGAAGAAUGGUAUAAGAUUGAACCAUGUAUUGCUGAUCGGUUGAAGAAGUGGGGUGAAUCUUGGAUAAGGGAUUCUAUUGAUCAUAAUACUUUUUUAGAAAGAAAAAGUGUGGUUGAAUUUGUUGAAAAAAUGGGUAAAGAAUUAAAUGUGGAUAUUCUCACUAUUGUCAAUGAUUGUGAUCGAUAUAUUCAUGAUAAGAGUAUUCUUCAAGAAUUCAUUGCAGAAAUUGAUUUAGAUGUUGAUGACUUGUUUAAGAAAGUUUUAAGAUAUAGACAAAGAAGAAAUUGA